UAAAAAUGCAGAAUAAAAAAAGAAAAAAUGAUACUGAACCAAAAGUUAAAAUGUCUAAGGCUGGAAAGCAGCGAACAGAAUCAAUAGAGACGUACAAGGAUGCCUUAGCUAGUGUAAUUUCGAAAGGAAAUAUUGAAGAUAACGUUUCUAACUCAAUAACAUUGACGAAAGGAAAUUACACGUAUACGAUUCGGUGUCCAGUAGCGCCAAAAUGCGAUGACUACUACGUCAUUCAACAUUAUAAAACUAGUGUUAUAAAGGACAUUCCGUCACUUGAAAGAUGGAAACAUUCUGAAGCUAGUGUGAAGUUGUACACUAGCAAUAACUUUCCUGCUGAUAACGAAAUAUCGAUCAAAAUAAAUGAACUUAUUCGCACAAUUUUAAAUCGAUGUUCAUCGGAUCCGAAACGGAAGAUUGUGAAAAACAGUAAAAAAUAA